AUGGGGUAUCCAGGAAUACAGGGGUUAUAUUCUAAUUCAAGAGCACAUCCAUUUGUAUCAUUAUCUCCGGUAUCGUCGUACGAAAGCGGCGGACAGGCGCCAGGAACCGAAGAGGAGGCCAAGGACGAUAUUGGGGGUAACAGUACGGAUUAUGGGAACUUCUCACCUCUUCUCUCGUUACCGCUAGAAAUCUUGUAUCAGAUCAUCGAGAUUGUGUACUAUGACGACAAUACGACGUCGAUCAACUCCAAUUUGGAGAAUUUUUCCAAAACCAUUCCGCUAUUGCUGAAGGCAAUCAACACCAUAUCACUCCGGUUUCUCUACAAGUACGCUAAUUUCAACCGGCCGCAUUCAUUUGACAAGUUUUUGCAGAAUUUAGUGAAGUAUCCGACUUUGGGCAAGUUCGUGGAGUUUAUGGACUUCCAGAUAUUCACGUCGAUUGGGUUGGGACGCACGGGGAGAAUGAAUCAGGAAAUUCAGAUGGUGACGUCCAAGACUAUUUUGCAGGCAUUAGAGUUGACACCGAACCUAAUUGAAUUUUUGGCAAGUGAAAACAUCCAGGACGAUUUGGACGAGCAUGUAUUGAAUUAUUUGUUCAAUAACUCACCCAAAUUGCAAGCACUAGACUUCUGUGGUGCAAGUAGCGAGAGCUUCGUGUCUGCAUUCCAAAAGUUGAUUAUCAAUGAUCCAGUUAACGAAUUGGACGAUGAUGAGGUUGUUGUGAAAAGUAGCUUGGAAAACCUCUUCAAAAUAUCGUUUCACGACUGCUCCAAUUUGACUCCUGAUGUUUUCAUCAAAAUCUUGCCUCACUUAUCUAAUUUGCGGAGGUUAGACUUAACACAUACCUCCGUAACAUCUACCAUUUUGAAUACUUACUUACCUCAUUCAAUUGAAUUAACGCACAUUUCAUUGGCAAAAUGCUCCAAGUUAACCACCAAAGACUUAAUAAAUUUCUUGACUAAUCAUCCGUCAGUGUGUAAUAAUCUGUUGACUUGGCUUAACUUGCAGAUUGACUCCAAUAUGGUAAGUCCUUUGAACGAAGUAUACUUAUAUUAUACAUUAAAACAUUUAAAAGCUGAGAACCUUCGCUAUUUGAACUUAGGAGGUUUACCUUUGAACGAAAAGAUAUUACGGCUCAUUAAAGUAAACUUUCCCCGUCUUGAAAGCUUGUCCGUAUCGCAUUCUUCAAUUGAAUUGAAUGAUGUCAGUGAAUAUUUAAACGAAAACAAGAACAUCAGAUACUUAGACAUCACCGGUUGCAAGAAAAUAACCAGAUGGAAUUUAACCCACAUAUUGAAAGCUAAUUAUGACUCCCCCUUAACCGCCAUAGAAUUUGACUAUAAGCUCUUGUUUGAGUUAACUACUGGUGAGUUUAUGAAAAUUUUACCCUUGCAAUCUUCAAACAUGAAUUUGCUUUCGUAUGAGACUAAGGAGCCCGAGAUUUGGAAAUUUUAUGACAAUGAAGGACGGAGAUCCUGGAUUUACAAAAUUGUUCCUAGUGAUCCUGACUAUAAUUCCAUUUUAAACAACAAUAACAAGGCUCUCACUAAUGCAAAUUUGACCUUCUAUGAUUUAGAAACCGGUGAAAAAAUCGUUCAGAGAGUUAAGAAGCCUGAAUUUUUGAAGUAUGCUUCCAGAAAAAUUAACUGUUCUGUUGGCUAUUUCAACCUCAAUAUGGUUAAGAAGAAAAACUACAUACAAAACAUACUUAAAGAAAACAUUUGGCCAGUGGAGUUUAGUCAAAGAGGCAUUUAUAAUUAUUACUCCUUAAACAUCAAAUGA